AGUCGGCUGCCGAACGUAAUAAAGAUGGCGUCUCUUGCUGCUCCCGUCCGCGUCUCUCCCCUGAUUAAGUUUGGACGAUGGGCUGCCUUGCUGACCGGCGUCCUUUAUGGUAGCAGCCACUUCAAGACCCUUAAAGCCAAGGAAACCAUUUUGCGGGAAGAGGAGGCCAAGCAGGCGGUCAUCAGAAAUGCCCAGCUUGAAGAAGAAAAGAAGAAAUUGAACAGAGAGGAGAUGAUAUACCUGGCUGGUCAAGCAGGAGUGAAGGUUCCUGCAGAUUUCUAGAGUUAACAUGUAUAUUUCUGGACUGUGUUUACAUCAGCGAAAUUUCUACGGUCGAGUGGUUGAGACACCUAACCCAAUGGCAAAAAGUAAAUAUCUGUAUAAAGUGUAACUUUAAUAAAUAAGAACUUGUAA